CAGACUGCUUCUACAAACUUUGGGAAAGAUUGGGUAGCUCUCAGGAGCUCAGUGAAUUCACUGUACCGUACCGUGAUAGGUUGCCACCUGUGCAAUAAGUCCAUCCGUGACUUUUCCAGGCUACUAAAUAUUUCACAUUCAAAUGUUAGUGGUAUUAUAACAAAGUGGAAGCAACACAACAGCAACUCAGCCCCAAAGUGAGUGGGGUCAGCACAUGCUGAUGCGCACAGUGCACAGAAGUCACCAACUGUCUGCAGAGUCAAUAGCUAAAUACCUCCAAACUUCAUGUGGCCUUCAGAUAAGCACAACAACAGAGCGUAGAGAGCUUCAUGGAAUGGGUUUCCAUGGC